AUGUCAGUCUCCCGUGGAGUGUGUUUGUCCUCUCCUUUCACAUUAACAGCCCUGCACACUCUAGGGACAUGGACUACGUGUUGUAGAUCGGGGAAGCGCCACGUAUACCCACCCAGACCAUUUACAGUGUCCCAGGACGACCUUCACCUCGUUUCUCGGUCUGAAUGGCGCGCUCGUGAGUCACGUGAAAUACACCACAUGGACAAACCAGUCAGCCUCGUCUUCAUCCAUCACACAAGCAUGAAGUCAUGCACAACCGUGGAAGAAGGCUGUGAAGAAAUGCGAGUUAUCCAGAACUUCCAUAUGGAUGAUCGAGGAUGGGACGAUAUCGGGUACAACUUUCUGGUGUCGGAAGCAGGCCAUGUUUUCAUUGGUCGAGACUGGACAAGGAUCGGGGCACACACCUAUGGGUUUAACCGUGUUGCCAUAGCUAUAUCCGUGAUGGGAAAUUUCACCGAGCGACCCCCGAAUAAACUCACCAUUCAGGUUGUGAAAAACGUCAUCGAUAGUGGUGUAGCUCAGGGGAAGAUAACUCCCGACUACAAAGUGUAUGGGCACCGUGAUGUGCGGGAGACGGAGUGCCCGGGGGAUAAAUUGUACGAGAUUAUCAAAACCUGGGACCACGCUGGACAUGUGCCCCCUGAAAGACCCGCAGUAUAGUGUCUUGGUUAUACGUUGUACACAUCUACUUAAUUCUUUCACAAUUCAAUAGGCAAUGCUCUAUUUUUAUAUAAUGUAUAUUUUUAAUCAAUAUAUAUGGAGGUUUAUGUUAAUUUCACAAAAAGAGUCUUUCAUCUCGUGGCAUCGUGGAUCAGACACAAUGGAUGUGCGUGUGCGUAUUUACAUGUGUGUGUGUUUUCAAAUUGUGUGUGUGAGAGGGUGUGUGUGUUUCAAAAUGUUGUUAUUUCAAAUUCAAAGAAUAGAAAACUUUAUGUAUAAAUACACUUUAAGUUUGGAAGUUUUAGAUGGUGACAACACUUUACAUUGAAACACAUUACGCAUCUCCCUAAUUGUUGGUCAGAUGAUAAGCAGUACCUUGUUCUAACUUGUGUUAUGCGUUCUAUGUUAAACGUACAGAGACUUUGAUAAUAAAAAAGAAAUUUCCAGUCAACAAGAAAGCCUGAAACAAGAUGCGUCAAUUUUAUGUCAUGUGUUUCCUUUUAAAUCCAAAUGAAGACGAAACCAGAAGACGGAACAAUCGACACAGCAGUCACUGUCAGGGCGAACAUCUUGUUAUAUUUUGCGAAUAAAAGCAAUAAAAGCC